GAUUAAAUUUUAAAUGAGCAAAGAGUAAAGGGACUGAAACCUAAAUUAGACCAAACAAACGAGAAUUGCAAAUCUAAUAUAAAUAUUAAAGCAGGAAAAAAAAAACCCCGAAAAACUCUCAUCGAAUAGAAGAUUAAAGGGCUUGAAAAUGGGUUCUCAACAAGCUAUGGAAGCAUUCAAAGUAUAUCGUGUCCUUCUUAAAGCAGUGAAAAACCACAUUGGAAAAGAAGAGUAUAAAAAGCAUUUUAGCCAGUAUAUAGCAGAGCAAUUUAGGAAAAACAGUCAACUUUCAGACCCUUCUUUAGUUGCUCAAAGAAUUAAGCUUGCCAAUGAUUAUACUUAUUUGCUUAACAGUGUGCAUCAUCACAAGGACUUAUUGUUCUCAUACAACAUAGCGGUUGAUAGGUCAGAUGAAAUGAAAAGAUUACUUGGAAAAUCAGCUGCAAGUGUUGGUCUCAAGCUUCCUGAGGUUUAUCAGCCUUGAUGUCGGUGGAUAAUAAUUUUCAUCUUAUUAUUUGUCUACGGGAGAAUAAAAUUCUUCAUCAGGUAUCAUUUUAUUUCAUAUAAUUCAUAUGUUAGUUUUUACGAGACAAAUUCUUGAUUUUUCUUUAUCCAAGAUGUUCUGCAUGAUGUGUUGUAUUUUUUAAUCGAAACUCUUGACAGUAACGAGGUUUUCAUCGUGAGCAUAGUCCUCUUGUUUGA